CAACAAGAUCAAAUAUUUUCGAACUAUUGUAGUAAGAACACAAGGCUCCAUACAUUACUUUACAAAACUUUUGUGAGAACCAUACUUGAAUAUGGUACCGAAGUAAGUAAUCCGUUGAAAAAACAAGAUAUUAAAGCAAUUGAAUCCGUACAAAACUCGUUCACAAGGAAACUAUACAGCAGGCAAAAGGGAAAAUACAUCAGAACAGAUGACCCCGACUAUAAGAGCGCUAUUCAACGUAAUGAACUAUUUAACUUAUCAACUUUAGAGGCUCGGCGUAAAGCUAUUGAUAAAGUUUUCUUGUCGAAAAUGCUAGUGAACAAAGUUGAUAUUGACUCUGACCAAUUUUUCAAAAUAGACAAAAAUAGUAAAACUCGUACCAAAACCAAGUUCAUCUGGGGGAAAUGCAAAACCAAACUACGAAGGCACUUUUUCACAAAUAGAAAAAUUAGCGCAAUGAAUCUUAUUUUGGCACCUCAUGUCCUAUGCAUGUUUAAUACUUUUACGUCCACUACUUUCAUGUUACCCAUUAUUCAUCUCUCUGACACCCGCACAUUCAUGUACCAACUCUAA